GUGUGUUUUAAAAUUAAAUGUUUGUGAGUGUAGUGAUGUAGUGAAAUUAAGUGUUUUAUUUCUUAAUUGAGUUCCUUUUUUUUGUUUUUUUAUUUGUGGGCACUGCUACCGUGCAAAAGCCAUUUGUGUGUGUGAGUUUUUUUGUUUUUUUUUUAUAAAGUGCGCAGUGUUUGUGAGAUCGCAAUACAUAUACAUACAUACAUAUGUAUGUGCAUAUUUACACAUGUACAUAUGUAUGUUAAAAACCUUAAUGAUUUUGUGUGAGAGAUGUGUAUAUAUACAACUUUGUGUGGCUGCUCAUUUGUGGACAUAAAAUAGUCGUCCGUGUGUUUUAAAAUUGUUGGAUAUAUCUAUAUUUAAACAAGAAUGUCCCCUCCUACCAAGUCAAUAAAAUGAACGUGCUUUUUUUUUUGCAUUUUUGGCACAAAUGACCCAAAACUUCGGCUACUUAGUUUAUCUUUAGUAGUGCUGGUUCCGUAACUGGCAAUAACAAAAUGGUCUCAAUCUAUCGUAUCGCUUUCCCAUUCUAUAAAACCGGCUGCGUUGAGCUGUUUAAACGGAGUCUUCUUGCCAAACAAAAUGGAUUAUCGCGCUUGUCAGUGGUCGCUCGUAUUUCUCACUCUGUGGAGCCUUGUUCCAGCCAAGCGAUCCUUCACAAUGGAACUGCAGAACUUUAGCUGUGCUAUUGUUGAUCCCAAAAUUGGGAAAGAACUAACCUGUAUCGUGCAUCGGAAGCGCACUGUUCCCACUGUAUCUGUGUUCUUCAGUCUAUACGAAACUCAGAAUGAAUUCAGCAUAGACUUUCAAAUGGAUCUGCUCAAAAAGGAUAACACCAAAAUGAACCUAGCGCACACUCGACUCGAUGGCUGCAAGUUUCUGAGCUCCGUCAACAGCAAAUUUAUUUACGGAAAGUUCUUUAAACGCAUUCAGAGCGUCAGCAAUUUACCCAAAAAAUGUCCAAUUCGCGGCAACCAGCUCUAUGCAAUACGCAACUAUACGGUACUUGCCGAUGAAUUUCCACCAAAUUUGCCAGCAGUGACACAUCAGCUACGACUGAAAAUAAUAAGAGCUGAUGCUGUUGUUGCUGAUAUCCUUGUUGGCGGCAAAAUCAUCCAUUGAAUUGUGCUUCUUCUUAAACAUUUUAU